UGCGCAGGCGGACGCCUGGUGUUCUCGCGGGAAAGAACCGUUGCGCCCGACUUUGCGCGGAGGUAGGAGGGGGAAGUGGAGGCGGGAGUGAAGUCUCGCGAGAAGAGUCGGUUGCCGUAGCAGAGCCCUCUAGCUGUGUGUGUCUGAGGCUCGGCCGCCUGAGCCGCGGACGGUUUGCUGAGCCCGUUAGUGCGCCCGGCCGAGACACGCCGCCGCCAUGUCCCGCUACCUGCGUCCCCCCAACACGUCUCUGUUCGUCAGGAACGUGGCCGACGACACCAGGUCUGAAGACUUGCGGCGUGAAUUUGGUCGUUAUGGUCCUAUAGUUGAUGUGUAUGUUCCACUUGAUUUCUACACUCGCCGUCCAAGAGGAUUUGCUUAUGUUCAAUAUCCUUUCUUCAGAUGGCUGAUUAGUGAGGGGUGUUGAAGUUUGAAAUUCAAGUUUAUAGAAUGUAAAGCUGUACAGUUAUGGCGACCCCAAAGAGAAAGCAUGAAAGAACCUUUAGAGUAGAGUUCAACACUUAAGGCAAGUAGACAAGCCAAAGACCUCUUAAGGAUCAGGCUUGAAGAGAAGGGAGAGUUUGGGAAAAGAAAAAAUAAAGAAAAGCUGGAAGAAGGACAAGCCUAAUGGGAGACAAAGCCUCGCUUUAUCUACAAAAGGGGGAAAAGGUUGUUUUUCAAAGUUAAAGAUAAAGCCAUCUGUCAUAUUUGGCCAAGCAUCUCAUGACAAGUCCUUCUGACAAGCACUUAAAGAGUUAAAGGUCAAGAUGAAGUUGAAUGAUGGCCAAGAUUAAAGGAGUCAUACCUGAUCCCUGUGAAGACUGCUGGCCCUGCGCUGCUUUAGCACAAUGAUCAGUUGGCCCUGAAUGAGUUGGAGAAGGCCUUCUCCCUGGUAUAGGUACCUAACUGGGACCUAUGGGAGACUGGUCCCUGACCCAGAGUUUCGGGUGACCUUACUUCCGUUCCUUUCAGUGAGAUCAUCUCCCUGCAACAAGGGUUUGGGUUGUGGACCUCAGACUAGGAAAAGUUCUUCCUGCUUAAAUUCAGUGAGCCUCAAAACUUUUAAGUUAGUGGAGUCCUAGUGAGACUUAGGGAAAAGCCAAAAACUACUCCUGCAGGGCCAGUGAUCAAGGACAGUUGUGAGAAUUGGUUGCAAAGCUCCAUUACAGAGAAAAUAAUAGCUAUAUCUGGCUUAGUAAAUAAAGGUAGCGGUGCGUUCUGGCUUACAACAUAGACCUGAUUUUACCUAGUGUUGGGUGGCCGAGGAAUCAAGGUCAGUAGUAGUUUGAUUCAAGAGUGUGUGAUAUUUGAGGCAAAAAAGGCUAGUAAUUCAAAGCAAUCUAAAGGAGAAUGAUAAUUUUAAAAUACAUAUUCAGUAAGUCUAUGGUUUUAAAAUAGUUGAAAAGAAAUAAGUAACAGGCUUAUGAAUUUCAUUUUUGAAAAGACCAUACAGUACAAAUUUCUCCAUGACUGACAUCAGAGUGAUACUUGGCUGCCUCUGCUGCUGCUGUCUCUUCUGUCUGACUCCAUUCGCAAUAGCCUUUUCUUCCUAUCCCUGGCUUACCGAGUAAAGUAGAAACUUGCCAUCAGCCCAGGAUUCUGUUUUCGAGGGUAGCCCCAGACAGGAUGCUCUGUUCUCAUUAAUAAUUUUUACGGCUCUCAAUAUAAAUCCUUUUUAUACUUAUUAUAUUCUGUCUCUUGGGGUAACAAAGUAGUGUACCCAUUAAGUGAACGUAUUCCUUCUAAUUAGUUUAGAGCCCAGCUGCAUUAACCUUGAGGGAUGUUCAGUUACAGUAUUCAAGGUUCUGAACUCCCCAUCAGCCUUUCCCUUUUCAUGUUGAAAGCCCAGUUAUUUAAAAUUUGUCCUUCCAUUUAAUCUGUUCAUAAUGGCCUCGGGAAGACAGAGCUGGAAACCUGCAGUCCUUAAUUCCUUUCAGAACAAAAAGUGGGAAGUCUAGUAAGGCAGACCUUUUAGUCUCUAUAAUAAAAGAAUACCAGUAUCGGUCUCAAAAAAGGAGUGUGUCACUUCAGGGAUAUUUUAAAUCACCUCUCUAAAUCUGCAGUCUUGUGUUGUCUCUCAAAUUUAGGAAAAAGAAAUGUGCAAACUAGAAUGGGGAUUUUUGGGAUGGAAUGAAAACCUAUACCUGUACCUAACCUAGCUCUCUUUCCAAACCAUUUAUGUCAAACACUGUCUUGAAUGUGUACUUGGCCUCUGUUAAAAUGAUGGUUUUAGGAAAGGAGCUAGGUUUGGACAGAAUAGCUAUAUAAAGCCAGCAGUUCUCGUAUUAUUGCUGACAUGACCAGGGAGGACAAGCAGCUUAGCUUCUCAGAUCAAAAACAAGUACCAGUAGUUCCUGCUUAAGGCUGGUAAAUAAUAUCUUGAAAUUCUCAAGUUGGAAACCAGUCUCAAACCCAUUUCUUUGCAAGAAGUUGUAUAUUUAGGGUCAUGGUUAGGGCUUUCCAGUCUAGGAGUCCUUACAGUGGUCUGUUUCUUGAUAGCAUGCUUUUACAGUCUGCAUGGAUGUAAUAACGCUUUUGGUAUAGUGAUUGUCUUGAGUACUGCUUGACUCUGGUCUUGAUGCCCACAAAUGGCUAGCGUGCUUGUCUUCCCAUGCAGUGGAAGGAAGACAGUUAAAUGAAAUAGUAGUAUUAGAUAUGUAUGAAAAAGAAAACAGCAAAAUAAAUUUGAAGUUAAUGCUUUCGUCUCUUGUAAGGUAAGGCAUAUACUGCUUGCUUACACAAGAACUAUUGGCAUUUUCUUUUUUUCGUUUGAAACAAAUAUGAAAAAUAGUAUUUUGGUUUUAAGAAAUUUUUAUUUUAGCAUACAACAUAUAACUGACAUUUGUUUUUCUUUUUUGUUUUGUAAACUUAAUUCUUAAAACUUAGGAAAAUUUUUGGAUAGGACAACUUGGUGAUUCAGCUAUAACAGAUCUUAUUUCAAUAAUAACUUUACUGCAAUAUGUAUUCAUACAUUUUCAAAUGUGUGCCUUAGGAAAUCACAAGUGCUUUUAUAGUGUGAAGUGUUAAUGGCUGAAUCCAACUGAAUCACCAACUAGUAAGUGGGGGUCUGGUUGAUGUUCUGGAAUAAUAUUGGGAGAUUGUGAAUUGUUCCAGACAUACCAACUGAACUUUCAUUCAUUAUCAAAGUUUGCAAAACUUCCCAAGCCCCUUAACAUUUAGCACAUUUGAGGAUGUUCGUGAUGCUGAAGACGCUUUACAUAAUUUGGAUAGAAAGUGGAUUUGUGGACGGCAGAUUGAAAUACAGUUUGCCCAGGGGGAUCGAAAGACACCAAAUCAGAUGAAAGCCAAGGAAGGGAGGAAUGUGUACAGUUCUUCACGCUAUGAUGAUUAUGACAGAUACAGACGUUCUAGAAGCCGAAGUUAUGAAAGGAGGAGAUCAAGAAGUCGGUCUUUUGAUUACAACUAUAGAAGAUCGUAUAGUCCUAGAAACAGUAGACCGACUGGAAGACCACGGCGUAGCAGAAGCCAUUCCGACAAUGAUAGAUUCAAACACCGAAAUCGAUCUUUUUCAAGAUCUAAAUCCAAUUCAAGAUCACGGUCCAAGUCCCAGCCCAAGAAAGAAAUGAAGGCUAAAUCACGUUCUAGGUCUGCAUCUCACACCAAAACUAGAGGCACCUCUAAAACAGAUUCCAAAACACAUUAUAAGUCUGGCUCAAGAUAUGAAAAGGAAUCAAGGAAAAAAGAACCACCUAGAUCCAAAUCUCAGUCAAGAUCACAGUCUAGGUCUAGGUCAAAAUCUAGAUCAAGGUCUUGGACUAGUCCUAAGUCCAGUGGCCACUGAUAGUAUAAACCAUGGUCAUUUUUAGGCAUGUAUCAUUCAUUUACUCAUAGUUUGGUUUACUUAAAUUAUCAGGAAUACAAUGUUGCAAUGAUGCUUAAAAAACACUUGUUAGUUUUCCCUGUACCAGGCAAUGGUUAUAAUUAAAAUGAUAUGCUGUUGAGAAGCCACUCUUAAGAGUCCAGUUUGUUUAAUGUUAUGGGCAGCUACCAAUUUGUGGUGUCUCUGUAUAUUUUUGUAAAGAUUCUCAUUUUUUAUGCUUGAAGUAUUUGGUGAAAAGAUGUUGGUUGACCAUAAUUUGCAACAUUGUCUCAUUAAAAAUAAACUUUCAUAUUCAUAUUUGGUAGAACUGUUAACCUAGAAAUGUAGCUUGCUAAUAAGAUAGAAUGAUACAAAAGUGAAGUAGUAGCCACAGUACAACACUGACUGCUCAGACACAUUUAGGUUCAGGGUGGACCUUUAUGUCUUGUCAAGAUGUCUAGGCCCGGCUGGGCGUGGUGGCUCACACCUGUAAUCCCAGCACUUUGGGAGGCCGAGGCGGGCGGAUCAUGAGGUCAGGAGUUCGAGACCAGCCUGACCAACAUGGUGAAACCCUGUCUCUACUAAAAAUACAAAAAUUAGCCGGGCAUGGUGGCACAUGCCUGUAAUCUCAGCUACUCAGGAGGCUGAGGCAAGAGAAUCGCUUGAACCUGGGAGGUAGAAGUUGCAGUGAGCCAAAAUCACGCCACUGCACUCCAGCCUGGGCAACAGAGUGAGACUCCGUCUCAAAAAAAAAAAAAACCGGAUGUCUAGGCCAAUGAUAAUUAUUUUUGAUGCAGUGUGGAUUAGUUCUUUUGUUAACCCCACUGUCUUGGGGAAUGAUGCCAGCUGGGAAAUUGAGUUUUUGACUGAAACAUGGAGCCUUCACUGCUUUUUUUCUGGUUCCUAUGAAGAUUUGGAACAUAGAAAACACAAAAACUAACCUUAAAAUUUGAGCAGGUCGUUGAUGGCAAAAAUAAUUUUAAGGAAAAAGGAAUAUUCUUAUGUAGUUAUUCUAAAGUUUAAGGAGCGUUGUUGACCAUAAUAUUGCUUAGUUUUCUUACUGCUGUUAGAAGCAAGUAAAUUGUUUCAAAGUAGGUUUUGUGUGUGUGUGCCUAGUGUAAAAGAACUGAAAUUUUGAUGCUUACAGCACUUGGCUCGUGCAUUUGUAUCAAAAUUUGCCUGCCUCUUUAUGAGGGAGGCCUGCUUUUCACACCUCAGUUUAUUUAAUACGAGGCAAGUUGAAAGACAACACUCAUUCUAGGUGAUUCUGUGGUGCCAUGAAAUUUAAGGUAAUUUGGGGAAAAGGAUUAGUCAGUUUUAAGCAAGAGUCACAUCUUUUGAGCUUUCGAUUAUCAGUGUAGUACCUGACUAAAAAUGAAGUAAUACCCUUAAACCAUUUAUAAUUUCUAGUAUUUCUCUGAAAGAUCGUUUUGGGGACAAAAGUGACUUGACAUGUCCAAUUUCGUUUCAGAAUAAAAAGCUAGCAUCUUUAAAAAUCUCAGAUUGCUUGCUUACAGAUACAAGUAAGAAUUAUGGACAAACGAUUCCUUUUAGAGGAUUACUUUUUUCAAUUUCGGUUUUAGUAAUCUAGGCUUUGCCUGUAAAGAAUACAACGAUGGAUUUUAAAUACUGUUUGUGGAAUGUGUUUAAAGGAUUGAUUCUAGAACCUUUGUAUAUUUGAUAGUAUUUCUAACUUUCAUUUCUUUACUGUUUGCAGUUAAUGUUCAUGUUCUGCUAUGCAAUCGUUUAUAUGCACGUUUCUUUAAUUUUUUUAGAUUUUCCUGGAUGUAUAGUUUAAACAACAAAAAGUCUAUUUAAAACUGUAGCAGUAGUUUACAGUUCUAGCAAAGAGGAAAGUUGUGGGGUUAAACUUUGUAUUUUCUUUCUUAUAGAGGCUUCUAAAAAGGUAUUUUUAUAUGUUCUUUUUAACAAAUAUUGUGUACAACCUUUAAAACAUCAAUGUUUGGAUCAAAACAAGACCCAGCUUAUUUUCUGCUUGCUGUAAAUUAAGCAAACAUGCUAUAAUAAAAACAAAAUGAAGGAAAUAAUGAUUAACUGGAAUUAUUACAGUAUUGAAUAUGAUUCUAAAAUAACAAUGGAAACAGUCCUUUAUAGAUUUAGGAAUAUUUUAAAUCAUUGUUGCACUAGGCACAACUAACUUUUACUUUGGAAAUGAUAGAACUUGCCAGAAAGGUACAUCUUUUACACAGUAGUUAAAAAUUCAUUGUGUAAUAUCAAAGUUGUUUCAUGAUUGCUCAUUAAGCCUCUUGGGUUAACUAACUUAAGAGGUUAUUUGGUAGUGUUAAGAUGAAAUUUGGAUCAGCUAAUUCCAAGUUUAUAUUUUCAUUAUUGGAUGGAUCAGUAAUUCUGCUCUCCCUCUUCAUAAACAAGAUGCAUUAGGACUUAACGUUUAUGACAUGAUUUUAAAUCAUUUUAAAUUGAAUGUUGAUGAGCAACUAAUAUUAACUGAUAACCUCUUUGGGGAAGUAGGUUAGGUAUUUUGUGGUUUGAAUUCUAUCUACUUUAUGACAAUUAUAGCUAAUUUAUUAAGUAUUCAUGAUGUGCCAGACACUUGAAAAGGCUAUGUGUUAACUCACUUACUCUUCACAAAACCUUAUGAGAAAGAUACUUUUAUUUUCCCCAUAUCACAGAUAAGGAAACUGAGGCACAAAGAAAAGACUGUAAGGCAGAGCCAGGAUUUAAGCCCAGGCCUGGUCCCUUAGUUUUGGGGGGGUUUUGUUUGUUUUACAGACUAUAAUUUGAGAGAAGUAGAUUGAGGAGAUAGCUCAUUGAAAUUGUUCAUUUUCUGUAUAGAACUAGAAGGCCUAAUUUCAUUUUUAUUUUUACUUGUGUCAACUUAUUUUUAGACUUGGACUAUUGAGAAUCUUAUAUAUUGUUCCUAAAGCGACACACCUAACAGCUUCAAAAGGACUAUAUUACAGUUGAACCCAUGAUACUUGAUGAGGAUCUUUACGUAGUGUUUUAUGUUAGUUUUGGGUGAUGUAGUUGAGUCCCCCACUUACUGAGUUUACCUACUGUGUAUGACUGGGCUCAAUGAUAAAUAGAAUGGUUAUAUCAACACUCAAAUGAGGGCUGACACACUUCACCUCUCCUUUUACUUAAGAUCUCUCUGCAUUUUUUUUUUUUUUUGAAGCCAAGUAAGCAAGAAGAAAAAUGAGAUAAUGCUUCAGUGAGAGAGGAAAGGUGCUACAUAGAGUAUGAGCUGUUAAGUUACAUCCCAGGGGAAAGACCUGGGAACUAUUGUAUUAUUCUCUUGAAAAUUUGGCCCAGUAAGCUGCUACAUCCAGUUCAACUAACAAAAUCCUGUAUACCACAGAGAAGAAUAAAGAAAACCAAACUGACAAACAUCCUUCUUUUAUUUAAGACCAAACUGCAGCUGGAAUACCCAGUACAGUUCUGCUUACUACACUUCAAGAAAGAUCUGAAAGCGGAAAAAGAACCAAAGAAGGGCAGUUCAAGCGACCAAAGGGUGGGUGGAAGGUGCUGCAGUAUGAAUACUGUACGAAUAUUUUGACUCUGGUCUGAAAAGAUAAAAGAAUGUUAUCGAAAACUACAUGGAAUAAUUGAAGUCCCUUCAAGUUUGAAAGUAAGCAUUUUAGGACAAAUAAAAGGAAAUUCAACUUUGUACUUGUGGAAACUAAUCCCUAAAUAUGAAUAGGUUUAUAUUGAUUCAUGGGUAACAGGUCCAUAAUAAAUUAUUGGAAACUAGGAUGUCUGAAUAUCAAGGAAGACAGCCAUAGUCUCUUACAGUGCCUCUGUUGGUCUGUCUCAAACUGAAUUGGGUGGGAAAAGGUAUGGUCCAAUAUAAAAGUUCCAUUUUUGCCAUUAUUGGCAAAUCUUGCCUUUGUUUAUUUUGGUGCCAGUGUUUUCUGCUUAAUCAUUUGCUUUGUUGGCAUCUGUGUUUAUUUACUUGUACACCACAUGCAGUUUACAUCUGUCUUAACUACUCCUUCCCAGGUAAAUUCCAAUUAUAUUUGACAUCCAGCUAAGAGGGCCCGUCUCUUCUCACCUCUUUCCUAGUCAGUAUAUUCAGCAAAUAUUUAUUGAGCCCUUACUGUGGGCAAAUCAUUGUACUGGAUAAUUGAGAAAAAUAGAUAAUUCCCUUAUUCAGUAAAUGUCUACCGAGCACAAUCUAGUGAAUCAUUACAGUAUGGCCUCAUUGUUUUGUUUGAGGUGUGUUAUUCAUAACAAUAUUUUACACCAUUCGUAUCAAUGUAAUUAUAGAACACAAUAUACAAUCAAGGAUAAGUAAUUGUGUGGUUAUCUGCCAUUUAAAAGUAUCCAGUAUUUGAUCCCAUUAUUAGAAAUAAUGAAAAAAUGAUUUCUUUUAAUCUGUAAUAAACUGGUUUAUUGUGCAGUGACUGUAAUAUACUAGAGUUAUAAUAAAUUGUUUACUCUGCCUCACCAAACACAUGCUAGGAUAUAACCCCCAAAAUAAGUAUUUAACUUUGCAUUAGAUAUAAAGGAGACUGGGUGCUAUAAUUAGAUUAUUUUGAGGCAGACAGAGAGCUGUUAUCCUAACUGAUUUAGUAUGUUCUGUAAUUGAGAAAAUGUUCACCAAAUUAUACUUUUUAGUGAUUUACAUGUACAUUUUAUAGGGGACAUGUUCUGUGUAUAGCGAAUAAAUAACUUUUAUAGUAUCACAAAA